GAGCACGCGACGCGAUCUGCGUAUCGCGUGUGCGCGCACUCUCAGCGAGCGUAGCGGAGUCGCGCGCGGUGCUUGCAGUAAGUCCCGAGCGCGCAGCCGCGAUCCCUCCGUCACCGCUAGUCCGGUGCUCGCUGCCUCCGUCUUACCGACUGCCUCCGUCUUACCGACUGCCAUGGGCCUAUCUCCUCGGGAUCCCUGCACCACCGCACACUAGACCCGUCCGCCAUGUUAUGCGCGAAGCCGCAGAAACGCCGCUGACCAACACUGGGCCGUAGUCCUGACCCCCUGGAGGAGACGCCACCGCCGCCGCCAUGGCCGAGCAGACCUAUUCGUGGGCGUAUUCCUUGGUGGAUUCCAGUCAAGUUUCCACGUUUCUUAUCUCAAUCCUCCUCAUAGUCUAUGGUAGCUUCAGGUCUCUUAAUAUGGACUUUGAAAAUCAAGACAAGGAGAAGGACAGUAGUAGUUCUCAAGGAGGAUUUAGUGGGAACAGCACUAAUAAUAACAGUCUGUUCUCUGCAGGUAUCCAGACUAUUGAUUCCACUCAGGCUUUAUUCCUUCCCAUUGGAGCCUCAGUGUCUCUCCUGGUUAUGUUCUUCUUCUUUGACUCUGUUCAGGUGGUGUUCACGAUUUGCACUGCAGUUCUUGCAACGAUAGCAUUUGCAUUUCUCUUGCUUCCUAUGUGCCAGUAUUUAACCAGACCCUGCUCCCCUCAGAAUAAGAUUUCUUUUGGAUGCUGUGGUCGUUUUACACUUGCAGAGCUGCUAUCCUUUUCCCUCUCUCUAAUGCUAGUUCUUAUCUGGGUGCUCACUGGCCAUUGGCUGCUCAUGGAUGCACUUGCCAUGGGACUCUGUGUAGCCAUGAUUGCCUUUGUGCGUCUACCUAGCCUGAAGGUAUCCUGUCUCCUGCUUUCAGGGCUGCUCAUAUAUGAUGUCUUCUGGGUCUUCUUUUCUGCCUAUAUAUUUAAUAGCAACGUUAUGGUGAAAGUGGCAACCCAGCCUGCUGACAAUCCUCUGGACGUUUUGUCUAGGAAGCUUCACCUUGGCCCGAAUGUUGGAAGAGAUGUACCUAGGCUGUCGCUGCCAGGGAAGUUAGUGUUCCCCAGUUCUACAGGCAGUCAUUUCUCCAUGCUCGGGAUAGGGGAUAUUGUAAUGCCGGGUCUGCUGCUGUGCUUCGUCCUACGUUAUGAUAAUUACAAAAAACAAGCGACCACUGAUCCCGCCAAUAUUUCUGGACGUAUGCAGAAGGUCUCCUACUUUCAUUGUACACUUAUUGGGUACUUUGUGGGACUGUUAACAGCGACAGUGGCCUCACGCAUUCACAGAGCUGCCCAGCCUGCUUUGCUGUAUUUGGUUCCCUUUACUUUAUUACCACUUCUCACUAUGGCCUACUUAAAGGGAGACCUUCGCCGAAUGUGGUCCGAACCAUUCCACGCCAAGGCCAGCAGCUCCCGCUUCCUUGAGGUAUGAUGGGAACAGAAGAAACUAGGCCAAACCUGACAGAAUUCUUCUUUGGCUUUCUGUUUUCUGGAUAAACUUGGUGUGUAACGGACACAGCUACAACUGAAGGACCUCAUAUGAACUGAUUUUGUGUAAAAUAAAAAACAUUUAGAGAGAGCUCCAUGUGAGAUCCCAAACAUUGGAACAUGAUCUCGGCAGUGAACUCAAUUCCAGUUGGAAUAGCAGAGUAUGGACUAAAUAUAAUCAACUUGGAGCCGGUGGGUUCAUUCAGAGUGUAAAUCUUGGAAUCUUUCAAGGUCUGGCCUGCUUGAAGCUCUGUAUACCAUGCGACUCUAAAGACUUUGGAGCUAAAGACUAUUACUGCUUCAGAAAACCUGCGGGACCAGACCCUAUGGGGAGAAUGCAGCACUCCUCCUUCUUGUUUUUUAGUUAAAUAUCUUCUGUGGUGUGAAGUGACUUUUUAGAUCUCAGCCAGUGUGUGAGUUACUCGCAGUAUAUACAUAGUCUGUCGUAUUUAAUUCCAUUUCACCCGUUUCAUGUUGCAGAGGGCAAGUCUGAGAUGAUAUAUAUUUUCUAUGGAUAGUUUAAAUAUUCACAGAAUAAUGCCAGAUCAGGUCAGGCCUGCUGUAUUCUGUCGCAUGUCCUGCACUUUCAUCUUUGGCUUUAUAGGACUAAUCCAUCCCAGCAAAGUGAAGCCACCGUUCCAAUCCAGUGUAUUGUGUGCUUGUUCUGACGUACUCAUGGGCUGUUUUAGUGACUGUAUUUGGUUCUGAUCAAUGUAGUGACCUUAGGGCAGAUGAAAUGUUCCCAAACCUUUUUGUUUUCGUUUGUGCGCAGCCUUUUUAGCGGUACCCUCGGACUCUUGCAUGUCAGAUUGCUGCGCUCAUCGCUCCCUCCAUCUUAAUAAUGUUACCUUCCUGUAAAUACAUAUUUUCUUUUUCUAUUUUUUUGUAUUAGUAUUUUCAUUUAUCUGCUGUAUUUCUGAACCUCUCGUGACCACCCCAUCUGUGGGGAAAAAAACUAAACAAAAACCUCCAAAUA